GCGCAGCGAUGAGGUUGCAAUCGGUUCGGUGGGCAACAAUCGCCCAGGGCUUUCUAACGUUCGCGUUCGUGGUCGCUAUAGCUCAUGUUGCGAGUGAUGUGCAAAUUUGUAAUUAUGAGAAAUUUGAACUGUACGACAGUAUGUAUCAGAAGAUUAAAGAUGAUUUUUGCGUGUUUAAAGAUGUGUUUAUGUCAUCCGAUGUACGGUAUGGUGAUUUCAUGGCCAGCAGUUUAGAUUAUCAGAAAAUUGCGUUUGUAAAUUCAAAAUUCCCGAUCGUGCCUCCAUCACUGUACCGAAAUUUUGACGAUAUUCGAGAGCUCUACGCACGAAGAUGUUCGCUGGACUCCCUGAGGAUAACAAGGUUGAUUGAGAAAAUGUACGCUGGAAACAACCAAAUCACAUCAGUAAUAGUGGACGGAAAUGGAUCAAACAACCUAAAGGAGCUGUACUUGGAAACGAACAUGAUAAAAGAUGUCUCCAAUAUCACAAACUUGCCAAACUUACAAGUGCUGGUUCUGGAAAACAACCCGUACAUCGGCAACUUGGAUCUUGCCAUUUUCUCCCGUAUGACAAAAAUGUGGAAGCUGGAUCUUGAGAACACAGGCAUGACAAGAGUCAUAAAUAGUCUCAGACUCAAUCUGUUGGCACUGAAAAGGCUUGAUCUUUCAAACAACCAGCUCACCUACGUCGAUAUGCAGCUAUUGCAAACAUUUCCCAAACUAGAACAUCUGUGGCUCAACGGCAACAAAAUAUUCUACAUGGAAAUUGAACCGAUCAGAACAUUUUUGCCAGACAUCCGUAGCAUUGUGAUCGAUGACAAUUACUGGGGUUGCCAACAUCUGUCCAUAGUCAGCAAAUAUUUCCUCGACAACAAUAUCAUCAUUCGAAGUGGAGAAUGCAAAACUCGAUCCGUGCAUAAAGUUUGCUGCGACGAUACCACUGAUCUGAUCGAUUAUCGAUAUAUCAUCGAGAUGAGCAUAAAAAAUGAAGCCAAAUUUCAUCAGGAAGUCAAAAACUUGGACCAGGAAAAUCACAAACUGCAAGAAACAGUCGAUGGAAUGCGGAACCAAUUGAGCAGUUUGAUUCAGAACUACACCGGCAUGAUUCAAGAGAUGAAAAAUGUUGCAACCCAACCUCCACCAACGCUGUCCCCUUCGUCUGAAUCAGCUGAAGAUUAUUCGUACUAUGAAAGUAGUGAACCGGAGCACGAUCAGGACUCGGAUCCAGAUGCAGAUAAUUCCGAAUCUAUCGUAGAAGAAGAAGGUUAUACCAUACCGGAUGACGAUAUCAGUGCCGGACGAAGCUUACCAAUCAAAAAUACUGUAUGA